AUGACUUUGGGCAACGUAUCUGAAGUGAGCGAGUAUGAGCUCAAGCGACAACGACUCAUUGAAGAGAACAAGAAGCUCCUGGAAGAACUUGGACUUGCAGGCGAUAAUGAACGGAUCGCUCCCAUUUCAGGUCACAAGAGCGAUGACCCACCUCCUCGAAAGAAGGCACGCUCGCACCCCAAAAAGUUAUCCAAAGCACCUCCUGCACCUAUGCGCACUUCACGACGACUCAAAGGCGAGGCACCUGAUGACACAGUCGAUAUCGAAGCGUUCCUGGAUCAAAAUGACAAGAUGCGACAAGCUGCUAUUGCACCAAAGGUCCAAUUUUCCGAAGAACAACAGCCAUUUGACCCAGCUGUCAUUAGUGCUCCAGUGACAUUAGUAUCGAUAGGAACCACCAUUUGGUCUCUGGGAGAGUUAUAUACGGGAAAAGGACGAUCAAAAUACUGGAGUGGACGUGGUUGCCGAUACAGACAUCCUUAUCCAAUUGGAUUUCGUGCAUCAAAACAACAUUUUGGAAAUACAUACCACAUGGCCAUUGAGAAGGGUGAGGAUGGACCCGUUUUCAAGGUUCAAGUGAAUGAGAGCAAGACUAUUUUUGAAGGAGCAACACCAACAGCACCGUGGACUGAGGCAUGCAAAAAGAGCAAAUCACAAGGUACACGCGUAAGCGGGCCAUUGUUUUACGGGUUUUCAGAUCUUGUUACAAUGCGCAUGAUUGAACGUAUGGAAGGCUAUGAACUUGCGGGGGAACCUGAAAUACAAGAAGAAGCUAAAUGA